AUGUCCCAACAGCGGUCACGGAAAUCCGCAGGUGCGGAACAGAUGGCACAGGGGAGAGCCACCACCAAAGCUUCGGGAGAUCAAUGUCUCACUAUGAAGAAUUCCGAUAAAAAAUAUCAAUCGGCUGGUGACAAUGCUGGAAAUACUAUACCUUCUAAUGUUCAAUCCAAACAAAGGAGCAAAAGCAAGAGUAAAAUACCAAAGAGUCUUCGUAAUGAUUUGGAAAAUGCACUUGUCGGACUGUGUGACGUGUGGUUUGAAGAGAUAAAGCCGCAUCUAGUGCGCAACAAUAUAAAAGUGCACGUCCACAGCGGCGCAGGCGCAGGGCCCGCGAGCGGCGACCACCAAACCCCGCCGCAUCCUCGACGGCGUCCGUAUGUGAACUCUGCUCGUUAUUGUUCAACGCAGCAAAUAGCAUCGAAAGCGCCGUCUUCCAAGCCGCCAACGCUAUCAUACCAACAGCGUUCAUCGCCAGCAAGACAUCACAGCCCGAAUCAGAAUCCGUGUCGCAAUCGUAAUAUGGAGAAGCAUGCAAAGCACGAGAUCGACCUACCCCAUCAUACGUCGCGAGGUCGUGUUCCACGCCUUUGUCACACGUACAGUUUUCCUCCAUCUUCACCAAGAAUUAAGGUCAAGCGGCGACCGGCUAUCGACCUGACUUCUUGUCAUUCUACCAAACAUUUCAAUCAUCAACAUUUAACACGGAUUCCUGAGACCGAUAAAUAUAUUCCGCAUCCUACGCUGAAGAACAGUGCCGCCACCGUUGUAUUGUCGAAACAAAGUGAAUCACGGGGCAGACAACAGCAGCCAAGGUUUCCCAAUCAAGGCGUCGGCUGCAGUGCUUUUCGAGAUGCUGUUCUAGCGGCGCCGCCGGCUGCAGCUUUUCUUAAUAUCAACGUCAAUAAAACAUCAUCGAGAGUGCAACAAAACAAGCAGCGGUCAGCAUUACAUGAUCCACACGACCUCGUCGACAUCAUUGCGAAAAGAAACGAGAAGGAAUUGAAAUUAUUGUACAAGAGUCCCCCUAGAGAUGAAAGCCCGUCAAUAAUGAACCUGUUGCAUACUGGCUUCUCAUUGGUCGGUAGAACUGCAGACGCCAUCAAGAAAAUGCCGCCAUGGAGGUGA